AUCUCUGCAUCCAGCCGUGUUGCACCUUUGUUGCUCGUCCAUCUGCGUCCUCUGCAGAUAAAUCAGUGCGUUUCUGCUGCGGUUUUGGUGAAUGGCUGCUGUAUGAAACUGCCAGGCACACAUUUGGCUCUGAAAGUGGAAGGAGAGCAGGUUAAGCGGCUCCGGGGACGGCGUUAGCCCCGCGGCCUCCGCCAGUCUGUUGUUGGGCUCAUAUCAGAUGGAGGAGAAACUUUCUUCCGUCAUACCAGCAACUGGUUUUUAAGCUUCUACUGCUAUGCCUUCUGUCAAACACCUGCUGGUGUAAAUGUGGGAGCCAUGGCUUAUUGCAAGGGAGAUGAGCAACCAAGUGACACGAAGGAUCUACCUUCAGCCGCCGACCGGCCUUCCCGAUGUGGCCCCGAUGAUGUCGCCGAGCAGCUUCAGGCAGACCCAACGAAUGCAACGGUGAAAUCUCCAAAACCUGGCAAAUUCAGGAGGACCGCCUUGACCUUUUUUGGAGUCCGCAAGAGCAUCUGUAUCUUACCAAGCUUUUUUGGAGGCAGGAGUAAAAAUCAGAGCAAGUGGUCUGCGAAGAAAGGAAUCGGCAAAAGCAGAACGCAUGACGGGUUGAGUAAUGUCGGCCAUGACGACGGUGGCAGAGGCGGGCUCAGCUCAGCAGGAGAUUGUGAUUAUCUUAGCCAUAGAAAUGCUGCUGGAGAGCUCCACAGCAGCUGCCAGAGUGAAUGUAGUCACCCCGCCGCUGACCAGAAAUCACUGACUUUCGGUCGCCAGAAAAAAGGUCUGAGGAGUCUUUUUCAGAGUUUUAAACAUCACCGAGUUCAGAGAAAUGCUGGAUUGGAUAAAACUGAAAUGACUGCACUGUCUUCUGCUCAGUGCAAGAAAGAGGUGCCUGUUGUCCAGGACAACGCCCAACAGUGUGUCACAGAGUGCCUGGGAUCUGAACCUGAUGUGCCUGAUUUUGCUAAAGUUAUAUGCGAUAUUUCCAUCAGUCUUGAAUGUAGUGAUGCGGAUGCAACGGCACUCCAGAGCUGUGUGGAGAAGGAGAGCCCAAAGUCUGAGCUUGAUGAUCCCCAGCGCGAUGAUCAACUGGAGGAACUUGAUUUAAUGGCUGUAGUUUCGGGUGAGAAACAGGAAACCUGCAAAGGUUCCAGCGAGUCUCGUCUCCAACUUCGGAUGAUGUCUGAGCCUGUGCUGAAGUCCGAAACCCCCCCCGGCUCCUCGGAUCAGCUGAACCUGAUUUUUGGAGACGUCGCCUCGUUAAAGAGCUUUGACUCGCUCACUGGCUGCGGAGACAUCACUGCAGAGCAGGAGGACGACAGCAUCACAGAGAGCACGGUUUCUGGGGAGAGGAGUCGAAAUGGGGGGAAGAGGGCCUCGUGUUAUCUUACUUAUCAGGGUGGAGGCGAGGAGAUGGCCUCACCUGACGAUCUGGAUGAAACGUGCCUUGAGGAUCUCUGGGGAAAUGAUGGGUCAGAGGAAAUGUGCUAUAGCUGCAAUCCUGGCCAGACGGACGUCACUGCCGAGCUGACCAGCUCUCACAACAUGGACAUGCUGAACAGUAGCAGUGGGCAGCAGGCUGGUGGCAUGGACACGUCCUCAAUGGCGGAUGUUUUAACCCCCCAGAGUGAGCAUCAGGAAUCAGUCCCGAAUAGCGAUGAAGGUUACUAUGAUUCAAAUACCCCCGGGCCAGAGGACGGGCAGGAAAAGGCCGACAGGUUCGGCACGGGCAGAUUACCCCGAGACAGUUACAGCGGAGACGCACUCUACGAACUCUUCGCACCCGACGAGAGUCUCAUCAGUCCUCUCUAUGAAAACAAAUCACAAAUUCCCGGUUCUAAACAGAGUAACUACUUAACUGAGCCGGUCAACGUGACAGAUCCCGCCUUUGUUCCAGAGAUGAAUCACUUACAAAUGAGUGGCGAACUGUACAAAGAGGAUUUUCUAGAGAUGCCAGGCACAGGCAGUAAGUCCUCGGAGUUGGCACAAAAUGUGCCGGGUCAGCAGGAAAUCAGGGUGAAUGAAAACUGUCAUUUGAAUUCAAAACCACAGACAUCUGUCAACAUGAAUAAUAUUGAAGCGGGUGUAUUUGAUGAAAAGGGAAGCGUACUAGCUUCCACCGAAAGGGGAGUAAAAUCCAUAAAUGCUGACUGUGAUAAAAGGCGCAGCAGCUUAUCAUUUGGAAGCACGUCUGACCCAGAUUUUGAAGCCUUUUGUGAACCCAAAGGGGAACAUCUUGAGGAAAACAAGCCCGUGGCUUUGCCGUAUAGAAACAUGAAUUCACAGUCUCAAGACUGUACCAACUACUCGGAUGAAGGGCAGACUGUGUGUUUCUCUCAAGCCCUCGUGGAUUUCACAAAACGAACUCAAAUGCUCAGCGACUUGUGCAACAAUGUGGAUAACUUGGAGACGAACUCUGCCUUCACUCCGAACAUGGAGGCCUUACCGACCAUCGUGGCGUUUGAUGUGGUGGACAUGCACAACGAGGGGGAAUACGAUGAGCAGAUCCACAUGGAUCUGGAGGGAGACCUCUCAUCGCCCUAUCAGGAGUUUGAAGAAAGCUACUUGCAGAAAGAUGCGUUUGCCGAAUGUGAUUAUCAAAUGUUAGAUCUGUACGAGCAGAAUGUGCUCAGUAACUCGUGGGCUGUUGCCAGUCUCCCACGGCACCUCGGCCUUAUGAGAGUCAGCCAGCCCAUGUCUAAUCCACUUUCCCUAGACAGGAGAAGCAGGUCUUUGGACACAGAGAGCCUUGAGUCAAAGAUGCCUGACACUUACAGAGAGAAUAGAGCUGCUAUAGUCUCUUGUCCUCAAACUGAACAAGAGCCCGAGAGAGACUCUCCGCUGUAUUAUAAAAAGAAUGUAGUCAUGUCUGCCUCCGAGGUUGGAGACAGUAACAGCAUUAUGGCCUUAUCGUGGCAAACAAGGUCAGAAAUGGCUUUAAGCCUUUCUUUGACGGAUGGAGAAAUCACUGAAAAGGUACAGAGUCUCAGUCAAACCCAAGUGAAACACAAGCUCAUCCGUUGCUCCCCCAGCACCGAGUUUCUCAACUGUAAAUCACAUCAUCUUUGCACGGAUGUGUCGGACGGCCGGAGCUGUGACUUUAUUUCUCAGAAUACAGAACUUUAUAGUAGGGACUGUCACUUCCCUCUGCUCGCAGAUUCCCGUUCACCUCACAGCCCCUUCGUUUAUUCUGGGAUGACGGACGAGGAACCUGAUGUUUUCCGUGAGUCUGCUGCUAAUUUGAAGUCCUAUAAUCAGAGCGGUCAGGACAGAGCGGCUGCUGGGAGGGAAGGGGUGUCCCACGCGAGGAGACCUCUCAACACAGCCGCGUCUAACGAAACAAUGGCCACCCUCGGCGAAACGCGAGCACCGGGCGACGCGGCGGGCCCCGCAGCCUGCGGCAGUCUUCCUGGGCCGACCUUUAAUUGAGAACGUCUUUGCAAUACAGUUCAAAUCACAUGUCUAUGUGCCAGAGAGUGCUUUUUAUGUUUAUCCAAAGGAGAAAUUGUUGCUUAUUUUUGUGCACGACUGAUUGUUUUGAACAGUUGUUAGUCACUGUGACAGACGAACGGUGGAUCAGACAUGUAGAGUCUGUAACGCCGCCUCGUAUUGUGUCAAGUGCAAUGCAGGGAGAUCGGUUGUUCUGCAUUUGCACCACAGUUACUGUGCACACAGGAAACAGAUGUUAGCCGAAGGUAUGUAAGGGAGUACUAGUUAAAUUUGAAAUGAAAACGCCCACAGUGUCAUCCUAUCAGGCUUCUGAAUUUGACUAGAAUGUGUCAGCCCAAGUGCGGCCUCUGUGUCGUGUCUCGGUCCCGACAGUAACGCCACACUUUGUUCUGAGGGGAUUUUUAUGAGCCAGGCUUUCAUCGCACAGCUAAACAGCGCCGGCUUCACUCAUUGCCUUUGAACGCACGUAUUCUUGCGCUUUUACUUUCUAAAUGUCAGCUCAUGUUUGUAUUUACGAGUUCUUACAUCCACUGGGUUCACACUACGCUGACGUGCAUCACCCUGCACGUACGUCGGGGAUCCUGCUCAAAUCCAGCGGCAUAAGCGACUUGUACACCUAUUCUGAAAAUGUAUUUCACACAAAUGGUUGUUUUUGGUUAUAGAGGCAUGUCUCCCUUCGCAGAAAGAAAUAACUGCAUCAUUGAUUUUAUUUUCAGGUUGUUUUUCAUUUUUAAUUGAAAUGUGUUGACAUCCUCAGCGUGGUCACAUGAAAUGCAUUAAGCUGCAAAACAAUAGGCGAGUGCAGGAGCUGCACAGAUGGACUCAUAAUUCUCUCAUUUCACUUACUGCUGGUAGAGAGCUUUGCAAGGCAAAGCUGCUGUUUGCAUAGCUCCCUUUACACGCAAAUACUCGUGUAAAAUAGUUUACAUAAGAUGAUAAAGAAUCUCCUCGAAGCUGUAAGAUGAAAAGGAAAAGUUAGAUGCAACAUAAAUAAAGAAGCAGCCGGUGAGAAAAAGGUUAACCGUGUUUGCCUCUGGUCUGACAAGCCAGUGUGGCCUUUUCUUUUCGUCCAUAUUUUGCGCUAGCUCAACCACCUGUGAGGUGCAAACUUUUUAUGAGGAUGUGUCACUCAGAGAUUGCAUUAUUGUAAGUGUGUUGAUAGAGUAUGUGGUGUGUUUUUGUUUGGGUUUAAAACAUAUGCCAAGAUAAACUAGUAUCCUUUCUAUCAUAUUGUGAACAAAAUGGGUUUUUUUUUGUGUGUAAUAGUGAACAUUUUUUCACUGAAUUUGUAUUUAUAGUAUAAACAUGUUGUAUGCUGUAACAUGUAGACAGUAUGGCUGUUUCAGAUGAUCAUGAUUUUUAAGGUUUUGUUUGUUCCUUGAGCUGCAUUUCUAUUCUCUGAAUAUCAGUGACUGUACACUGCCUUACACGAAAAUAAAUGACAUCAUAGUUUUCCACU